AUGGAAAACAUUCUGAUUUACUUUGCUGUUUUUCUCGCUAAGACGGUAAAUCCAGACACCAUCAAAGUCUAUCUCGCAGCAGUACGCCAUAUGCAUUUGGUUAACGGCUACGACCUUCAAAUCACCAAAUUUCAACGCCUACACUAUAUUUUGCGAGGUAUAAAGCGAGUAAAAGGAGUGUCUACAAGAACACGCCUACCAAUUACAUUAGACCAUUUGAAAUUGUUUCACCGCAUAUUACACUCACGGACAUCGCCAACACAUGAUGAAACCAUGAUUUGGGCAGCGAUUUCCAUAGCAUUUUUCGGGGUUUUGCGGAUUGGUGAAAUGACUUGCUCCGGUCCUUAUAAUUCUUCAACAAACCUUUGCCGAUCAGAUGUAAGUUUUCAUAACAAAAAACGUGGGGAUAACGAGGUUUUUCUGCAACUACGAAUUAAAGCGUCAAAAACCGAUCCGUUUCGAGCCUCAGCCACAAUAACCAUUGACAGCAAUUCUGGUAUGUAUUGUCCAGUAAGGGCCCUUCAAACCUACCUUUCACGUGCGCCAACGGACUAUGCGGGACCAUUGUUUUGCUACUCAAACGGUGUUCCUUUAUCACGUAGUCAAUUUACUAAGGAACUACGAACACUUUUGGCCCAAGGUGGUCAUCGAUCACCCUGCUCACUAUGCAGGCCACAGCUUUAG